AUGGCUCCGUGGGCCAGCCUCGUGACUGCCCCGGGCUCUAAUGCCACUAGUGGACCGUCGGCUUCCUUCUACCUCACUGGGAUUCCCGGCUCUGAGAAUGUGCAGCCCUUCCUCUCCCUCCCCUUUUGUGUGCUCUACCUGACGGGCACCGUGGGCAACUGCGCAGUCCUUCACAUCGUCCACACUGACCAGAGUCUGCACGAACCCAUGUACUACUUCCUGGCCAUGCUCGCCCUCACCGACCUGGGCAUGUCCAUCUCCACGCUGCCAACAGUGCUGAAAACCUUCUGGUCCCAUGCGAAGGAGAUCGAGAUAGACGCGUGUGUGGCCCAGAUGUAUUUCAUCCAUACCUUUUCUCUGAUGGAAUCAGCCGUGCUCCUGGCCAUGGCUCUUGACCGCUACGUUGCCAUUUGCGAUCCUUUGAGGUAUUCCAGCAAGCUCACCCUCCAACGUGUUGUCUACAUAGGGGGCUUCAUUGUCAUCAGAUGCUCUCCUGUCCUCCCUGUCAUUCUUGUUCGCAUUCCCAGACUUUCCUUCUGUCACUCCCGCGUCCUCUCCCACUCUUUCUGCUUACAUCAAGAUAUCAUCCGUUUGGCCUGUGCUGACACCUCGUUCAACGUUCUGUUUGGCUUGUUUGUCGUGGUGUUUUAUUGGGGUGUAGACGCUCUAGGAAUUUUUUUAUCGUAUGCUUUCAUCUUCCGCUCUGUGCUGCGCAUCGCAUCCAAGAGGGGGAAGCUCAAAGCCGUCAACACAUGUGCCUCUCAUAUGUGUGCUGUGCUUAUUCUCUACGUGCCAAUGAUAGGGUUAUCCCUGGUGCAUCGCUUUGCAAAACACUCUUCUCCCGUGAUUCACGUCACCAUGGCCGAUGUUUACCUGUUAGUUCCACCUGUGCUCAACCCAAUUAUUUACAGCAUCAAGACAAAGCAGAUUCGCCAGGGUUUCCUAAGGAUAUUAUUCUCCAAAAGGGUUGGGCUUGCUCCCACUUAG